AUGUUCGCAAAACGAGCAGUAUUCAGGGUUGGUUACAAAGGAGAGAUAUGCUUUGAGGAUCCAAUAAGACGUUGUUCAUGUAUCGAAAUGUUAUAUGGUAUAACAGAUCUUAAACCAGGUGUACCUUCAAUUGAUGAAAAAGAUAUUAAAAGUAAAAGAGAUAGUGCAGCAAAACAUUAUCAUCCAAACAAACUAUCAACUAUAGAUGACAGACCAUUUAUUUUUCUUAAUUUGUGUGCGAGCAAAUUAAUGAUUCCAAAAAUACGAAAACAUUAUUUACAAGAAUUAGAAUACAGUCUAAAGAAAUGUGAAGGCCGAAAUUAUAAUGAUGAAUUAUGUCGAGAUAUUGUUGAAGAUUUGAAUGAUAGGAUUAUAACAAAUACAGUGGCGGGCAAAAUUAUUUGUACGCUCAAUUCAUGUGAACUCGAGCUGAUGACCAGUUCAGUUCAUUUGAACUGA